AUGAAGGCCACUCUUGUAAUAUUCUCUGCCAUCUCCAUGGCCAAUGCCUUUCCAGGCAUGUCCGAACUCCGGCAUGUAUCCCGUGCGCAAGAUGAGGACAAUACCAAGAAACUACCUGGUGACUUGGAGGGUCAAGACGAGAGCACCAUGUCUGAGACAGGGAAGCUCAUUAAGAAUAUCUUGCAAGGCAACGAAAAUCCUCAAGACCUGACCACGGCGUAUUCUUCGGUUCCGGACCAAAACUCAGCCGAGUGCAAGGCUGACAAGUGUUGCAUAUGGAAGCACAUUGCGGAUGAGAUGAAGUCCAAGAUGACGGGGGAUGCCGGACGUUGCAACAACCUUGCAAGACAAUGCAUUCGCAUGGGAUUCCACGACGCAGCAACGUGGUCUUUAAACACGGGCAAGGACGGCGGCGCGGACGGGUCAUUAGUUCUAGCCAGAGAAUGCUUUGACCGCAAGAUCAACAACGGCUUGACAGACGGAUGCAACCAGAUGCAGGCUUGGUUCGACACGUACAAGUCCUUUGGCGUCAGCAUGGCCGAUCUGAUCCAGAUGGGCGGCGGUCCAGAGAUGAGAGUAGUCGCGCUUCUUGCUAACAUCUCAACUGGUCCUUUAGCAAAUGUCGCCACGGUUGUCUGCCCCCUCGGCCCCCGAGUCCGCAGCUUCGUCGGGCGCAAAGACAACGCCAACCCAUCGCCAGACGGCCUCCUGCCAUCGCCGUCCGACCCGGCCGACCAGCUGAUUUCUCUCUUUGCCAACAAGACCAUCAGCGCCAACCAGCUCGUGGCCCUGGUCGGCGCGCACACCACCAGCCAGCAGUUCUUUGUAGACACCGCCCGCGCUGGAGACCCCCAGGACAGCACCCCCGGUGUAUGGGACACCAACUUUUACGGAGAGACCACCGACGCCAAUUCGCCCAAGCAGGUGUUCAAGUUUCAAAGCGAUGUUAGUCUAUCGCAAGAUUCUAGGACCAAGGGUGCCUGGACGGCGUUUACCGGGACACAGGGACAGCGUCCUUGGAACGGGGCCUACGCCGCGGCGUACGUUCGCAUGAGCAUGCUGGGCGUGUAUAAUACCAAUGACUUGACCGAGUGCACAAAGGCGCUCCCGCUGCCCAUCACUUCCUUCACGUCCCCCGACGCCGCGGCCUUGGCGGACUUUGCCAACGGCGGGGCGCCUGAUGCCUCCAGAAACGCGUCCAAUGGAGAUAUUAUUGUAGUCUAG